AACGAAAACAGAUGUGAGCUCUCUCUCGUCUUGAACUUUAAUAUCCUCUCCUCUCAGUUACUACUACUACUCUCGGCCAUGGCCAGCGACGGUGGCGUUUCAUGUCUACGGAGGUCGGAGAUGAUGAGUGUCGGCAUCGGAGGAAUGGAUUCUCCACCUUUGGAUGUAGAUGAAGUUCAUGUCCUAGCCGUCGACGACAGCCUCGUUGAUCGGAUUGUCAUCGAGAGAUUGCUUCGUAUUACCUCCUGCAAAGUCACGGCGGUAGAUAGCGGAUGGCGUGCUCUGGAGUUUCUAGGGAUAGACAACGAGAACGCCUCUGCUGAACUAGAUAGAUUGAAAGUUGAUCUGAUCAUCACCGACUACUGCAUGCCUGGAAUGACUGGUUACGAGCUCCUCAAGAAGAUUAAGGAAUCGUCCAGUUUCCGACAAGUCCCGGUUGUAAUAAUGUCGUCGGAGAAUGUAAUAACCAGAAUCGACAGGUGUCUUGAGGAAGGUGCGGAGGACUUCUUACUGAAACCGGUGAAACUCGCCGACGUGAAACGCCUGAGAAACUAUUUAACCAGAGACGUCAAACUUUCCAACGGAAACAAACGGAAGCUUCCAGGAGAUUCGCCGCCGUUGACUCUCUCCCCUGAUUCGCCGGGCUCUUCUCCGCCGCCGUCGACUCUCUCGCCUGAUUCUUCGGACUCUUCUUCCCCGCCGUUAUCUCCCGUGGAGAUCAUUUCCUCGCAGCUCUCAUCCCCGAUAGACGACGAAGAUGACGAUGUGCUGACAUCGUCGCCGGAGUCUUCUCCGUCGCCGGUUCGACGGCAGAAGAUGAGGAGUCCCGGAUUAGAUUAGUGACCUUUUCUGGGGGUCCGUGUAAUAUCUAUCUCCGUUAACUUUUUUUACCCUUUGACGGUGUUUUUAAUUGCACGUUGACUUGACGCCGUCAAUUUUAUAGAUGUCCUUUAAUCUCGCUCCACGUGGACGUAUUUCUGUUUCUAAAAGCUUUCCGAAUUUCCUAUAAUUAUUUUAAUUAUUAUUA